AUGAUGGAAGAAAGGAUGAAAACAAUGCUUGAAGAGGGCACAAGUUUGAGUGAUGUUCCCAUGCCAAAACGAUAUGAAGUAUGGUUGACGGCCCGACAAAAGAAAUCAGGAGAUUAUACAUCUGAGGCAACAACUUUGGUAGCUUCUAAGAUUGAGGAGUUAGUUGAAAAAAAUAUUCAAGGUACUUAUGUUCCCGAAGGACGUGAAGAUAUCUUGACUAAAGCAAUUGGAACAAAAGAACACCCAGGCCGUAUCCGCACUGAAGGUCGAUUUGUUGGCUUUAAAGAAUAUUAUGGUAAAUCUUCACGCUCCACAUCAAAAGGUAUCUCUAUGGAUGAUCUUCAUAUAAUAUCUGUAUCGCUGGUCAAUCAUUGGCAAUUACUUGUAGUUUGUCCAGAUGAUAAUAUUAUUUAUUGGUUUUGUUCGCUUGGAAAUCAACCAAGCAAAUCUUUUAAGGACACGCUUCUAAGGGCUAUGAGAGGCUAUAACAUCUUGAGAGGUCGUAUUGCGAAUAAAAAGCCUAAUUUUAUAACUAUCAAGGCACAUCAACAAAAAAAUAGUUGGGCUUGUGGCUAUUAUGUAAUGAAAAAUAUGUUUGACAUUAUUCAGACGGGUAUAUUUCAAGGAUUACAUGAGAUAUAUGAUGAUCCAUCAUCAUAUGACAAAGAUGUUAUUGAUAAUAUCCGACAACUUUGGGCUCAAUUCUUUUUGCAAAUAGUUGAAGAACAACAUCAACUUGAAGAGAAAGAAAUAAGGAGUUAGAUAAAAGACGG